CGCUCGGGGCCGCACCUGUCUUAAGCUGCCGGGCUGGUGCAGUUGGGUCGCUGGAGAGGGAGACUCUUUGCCGCCGCACUUGCGGCCGGCCUUGGGGGUGGGGGAAGAUGGUGGAGGACGGAGUGGAGGAGCUGGAAGAUCUUGUGCAUUUUUCUGUGUCGGAGCUGCCGAGCAGGGGAUACGGAGUGAUGGAGGAAAUCCGGCGCCAGGGGAAGCUGUGCGAUGUGACCCUGAAGGUUGGAGAUCACAAAUUCAGUGCCCACAGGAUUGUCUUAGCUGCGUCAAUCCCUUACUUUCACGCUAUGUUUACCAAUGACAUGAUGGAAUGUAAGCAAGACGAGAUUGUAAUGCAAGGAAUGGACCCAAGCGCCCUGGAGGCUCUGAUUAACUUUGCCUACAAUGGCCACCUCGCCAUUGAUCAGCAGAAUGUCCAGUCCUUGCUCAUGGGGGCCAGCUUCUUACAGCUGCAGAACAUCAAAGAUGCUUGCUGCACGUUCCUCAGAGAAAGGCUUCACCCCAAGAACUGUCUGGGUGUCCGUCAGUUUGCUGAGACCAUGAUGUGUGCUGUGCUGUACGACUCGGCCAACAGUUUCAUCCAUCAGCAUUUUGUGGAGGUGUCUAUGUCAGAAGAGUUCCUGGCGUUACCCUUUGAUGAUGUGCUUGAGUUGGUGUCUCGGGAUGAGCUCAAUGUGAAAUCAGAGGAGCAGGUGUUUGAAGCUGCGUUGGCCUGGAUUAGGUAUGACCAGGAGCAGCGAGAGCCCUGCCUUCCCGAGCUUCUGUCCAAAAUCCGCCUGCCUCUUUGCCGGCCUCAGUUCCUGUCAGAUCGAGUGCAGCAAGAUGACCUGGUACGCUGUUGUCAUAAAUGCAGGGACUUGGUGGAUGAAGCAAAAGACUAUCACCUCAUGCCAGAGCGCCGGCCACACCUGCUGGCCUUCAAAACUCGGCCUCGCUGCUGCACUUCCAUCGCAGGGCUCAUUUAUGCCGUGGGAGGCUUGAACUCAGCAGCAAAUUUUUAUGCAGGUGAUUCACUGAAUGUGGUCGAAGUGUUUGAUCCCAUCGCCAAUCGAUGGGAGAAGUGUCAACCUAUGACUACAGCCCGCAGCCGUGUAGGAGUGGCUGUGGUCAACGGGCUCCUGUAUGCCAUUGGAGGAUACGAUGGCCAAUUGCGGCUGAGUACUGUGGAGGUGUACAACCCUGAGACGGAUACAUGGACCAAAGUGGGCAGCAUGAACAGCAAACGAAGUGCUAUGGGAACAGUUGUGUUGGAUGGACAAAUCUAUGUCUGUGGUGGAUAUGAUGGCAAUUCUUCCCUCAACUCUGUGGAGACGUACUCCCCUGAAACAGACAAGUGGACGAUAGUGACCCCAAUGAGCUCAAACCGAAGUGCAGCAGGUGUCACUGUAUUUGAAGGCCGAAUAUAUGUGUCUGGAGGACAUGAUGGUUUACAGAUAUUCAAUAGUGUGGAAUAUUACAACCAUCACACAGCCACCUGGCACCCAGUGGCAAGCAUGCUCAACAAACGUUGCCGUCACGGAGCUGCCUCCUUGGGCAGUAAGAUGUUCGUCUGCGGGGGCUAUGAUGGUUCUGGCUUCCUUAGCAUCGCUGAGGUCUACAGUUCCGUGGCAGACCAGUGGUACCUAAUUGUCCCCAUGAACACACGCCGGAGCCGGGUCUCCCUGGUAGCAAACUGUGGGCGCUUGUAUGCCGUGGGAGGCUAUGACGGACAGUCCAACCUGAGCUCAGUAGAGAUGUAUGACCCAGAAACGAACCGCUGGACAUUCAUGGCCCCCAUGGUGUGUCAUGAAGGAGGGGUGGGUGUAGGCUGCAUUCCCCUCCUCACCAUUUAAAGCAGAAGUGGGACGUGUGGGGUGGGGUUCAAACCAUGGGUUCAAGUGACAAUCCUGGGAAGAAGAAGCACAUCAACUAGGGGUGUAAUGUGAGAUCAUGGGAGGUACAGUUUUCCAGGUGCUUAAGUCAUCACCACAUGGCCCUCCGGCCAGACAGGCCACGAUCACUGAAACGCACAACAUGAAGCCGUCAUCACUGGGUCCUCCGUGGCUUGCCAUCUCAUGGUGCAGCACCCUCCUCCGUAGCUGAUGCCCAUGAAGCGCUCCAUUCAAACCAAGCUCCCACACUCCAACUUGCCCAAGUGGGCUCCUAGUCCUUCCUAGUUUGGCUUCAUGACCAGCAUUUAUAUAUGUCUGGCCAUUUUCCAGCCACAGUGUGUGGGAUUUUCCAUGGAGCAGCUGCAGUGGCCCAACCCUGUGUAAUGUGUGUGGGUCUGUGGUCGAGAGGUGUACAUUCUGUGUGUUCAGGGCAAAUGACCCUGGUAUCAGUGCAGUAUAUUUAAUGGUGGCAGCUUGUCUGUUGCAAAACACCAUGUUCCUUCUAUGAUAGAGUAGAGCACAUAGGAUUAUAUCCUUGCAUAGAUGCAUGAGGGGAAACUGAUAGGUUUUUCUCAUGUUUUAGUUUGGGUUUUGAAUGCGGUUUUUUGUCUUGAUCUGGACAAAACAGAAAGGACACUUGAAAGCAAGACUGAAGAAUAUGAACGUUUUUCUCUCCUCAUUUUGGAAAGAAAAUGGAAUUUUAAAAAGCGGACCACUUCUUUGGGUUUGCAGAAAGAAAAAAAAAUGGAUAAAAGACACAAGCAGCAAACCUUUGUAUGAAACGGAGAACUGCCAAACAUUCAAAGAGAUGCACUUCUGCAGGUGUGAACAACGACAGAUUUUCUAAGACUUGCUAUGUGCGUGGGAUCCAAGCUGGGCUUUGGCCUGUACUGCACCAAGUGUUGGUCAGUGGUCAGGAUCAACAGCAGACAUUUGAAGUUGAGAUUUAGACUUGUCCUUGGGCUGGAUGUAUCGCCCGUGCGGAGCUUUGUGCCACGAGUGCACGCAAGUUUUUCAUCAUCGGUGCAGUAGGUCUGGAACCUGGUGCUCCCUGCCCCGCCAUCCAUCACUUUUCUUGGUGCUCCCAAGAAGUCAGCCAGGGCUCCUAGGUCCUUCCAUUGCUCCAUAUUCUUUAAGGACAGACUCACAGCUCUUGUUUUUAUCCAACUUCUUCAGUUUUCCUUUUAUUCCCACUUUUACCUUCUGGUUGUUAGGAAAACAGCAGGGCUGUAUCCAACCUUCACUUUUAAGGACCCAGUUCUUGCAUGUGUCCUUUUCAUGAUGUGCACAUCGAUGACUCUGUGGUAGCUCUAACGCUCCAAAGCUUGGAUCCUUCCUACCAACAUUGGCCAGCUGAAUUCAGUGCCCUUAGCUUGCCGGCGGGUCUGCUGUGCUUCCGACUGGUCCGUAAUUCCAAGGCUUGUCUUUUUUUUUUUUUUAACCUCCUUGGCGGACCAGUAAUGCGGACCAUUUGGGUUUAUGCAAGACGCGUAUGUGGCAUGCAGAACAGAAAAAAAAGCAUCCUUCUUUUACCUCUAAGUUCCAUCUUUCUGUAUGUUUCCAUCGCUCUGCCAGUGGCCUCACGAUGAGAGUCUAGCCUCCUUCGCCUCCUAGUUGGGACCUUUGACAUAAUAAAGUCAGUUUGUGCACAAGAGAGCAGCCUGCAGACUGCUGACACUGUUUCUUAAAAGACUUCUACUAUAACAAGGAAGUAGAACCCCCUGAUUAUUUCUGGGGCUUGCUGGGGAGUCAAAGGCUUUCUCUGUCCCACUGUCUUUUGUAACAGAGCCAGAACAAGUUGGGAAAAUAAAAUGAAACUUGUAAGUGUGUGCAUGAUGGACUUUUCCUUCAACUUCUGAUAUCAAAAUUGUUAUUAUUUUAACAAAAAGUUCUGCUAGAAGACAAUGGAGGUGAAAAUGGCACCUUAUCCUUGGAGAUUCAGUGGUAAGGUGGUCAUUGUCUGGGCCUCAUGAGAUUGGAGUAGUUACAGGGGAAAGGACCGUCACAGAGGACAUCUAAUCCAACCUCUUUAUUUUGAUCCGAGGCCCCCAAAAAUUAGGUGACUCUGCCAAGGUAAUACAGUAUUCAGACCCAGAGCCUUUGGUUUCAAGGCAGCGUUCUUUCCCAUGCACCGUGAUUCCUAGCUCUUCUUGGAGAGGCUUUCAUUGGACUCUCCUUCUGUCCCAAUUGAUGAUCUGCACUAGACCUCAUGUUCCACAUUUGGUUUGGUUGGAAGUUUACCCUAUAUAAGAUCCCGUUCUUGCUCCCAUGUUCCUCACUGUUAGAGGAAAUAACCAUUCUAAAAGAAAAUUUAUGCACUGGGUCUUUACUAUGAGGAAUAAAAUUUAGAGUUUUUGUUUGUUUUUAAAGCUUACUAUGAUUGAACACAAGUUGUGGUACUCAGGUUUUUUUUUUUUUUUUUUUUUUUUUGAAAUCUCUAUCAAUGAGAUAUUGCCUUUGGCUAGCGGGCACUGUUAUCUUGUGUUGUGUUUACACUGGGUAUAUUACAAAAGAGACCAAAAGUUAACGUUUCUAUUUUGUAACAAAAAUUGUCAACAUUUGUAAUUUUUUUUUGUUUCCCUUGUAGCUUUUGAAGACAAUAUCCUAAAAUAUAGCACCAUUAACUAUCCGUGGCACUCGUAAAUCUCUAAAUAGCUUAGGCCAGAUACAUUGAACAGCUUUGGAUGAAACACACUUAGGUCCAUAUCGUGCCAGAUUGUAGUUUUUCCAUUAAUGACUGAAUUCUAGUCCCUAAAGUGAUCUAGGUCUAUGUGAUGCAGUCAAGAUUUAAGUGUAUGGAAGGCCAAAUCAUUGGUUUAAUUCCAGCUCCUGAAUACCAAUGACCAUGUGAGUGUCUUUUCAUACUUUAAAGUCAGCUACACUGCCAUAGAGAGGUAUCUAGUCUGAUGGCUACAUUGAUGUCAUGGUAGCCAUACCAAUCUGAUUCCUGGUGGUUUUGAUCAGUCAAAUUGACACUGUUAAAGAAGAGCAUGUCCCUAAGAAACUUCACCCAUUAAGAUUUAAUAGGACUGAGGAGCUCAGUGGAUUAUGAUCUUACACCACUCCAAGUGUCUGUGAAUGAAACCUUCGUUGUGUUUCCCACUUUUCCUAGAAGUGUGAAAGAGGACCACAAUGAUUUCAGGCUAAGAGGAACACCUUACUCUGCAACUGUGCUUGUCCCCCACCCCAUCUCAGAAACCAGCACACCCCGCCUCCUCUGAUCAGUGUUAGCUUUAGGGUCACGGACCAGCCUUUUCACCUGACAAUGGAACCUGACCAGAAAGGACUAAUCCACUGUUCACUUGAUUUCCUCUUGCCAUUUGGUUUUCUUUUUAUUCUACAGAAUGCAUGUCUUUUUGUGUUGAAAAACCAAAGAGAAAAUAAAGAAGCAAAACAAUCCAA